GUUCUUUUUUUUGUUAAACAGGUAACUUAUUAGUGCAGAAUGGCCGAUAACGGUAUGAAGAUGUUUAAUUUUUUCCUGGUCUUUCUUAUUGCCUGUACACUGCCGAUGUGGUAUGGCGUGCAGAGUUUUAUGGAAGCGGGCAUCUUUACGAAGCUCUUAUGGGUGUUUGGCGUUACCGGAUUUUUCUGCGUGCCAUUGCUAUUAUACCUCGGACGAUUUGCUUUUAUCAUUAUUGGUAAAAUACUAAAGUACCGAGUUUUUAAUCCACUGCCAGACCCUUCGCAGGUUUUAAAAGAGCAUGUAUUUUCAGGGUUUGUUUCACCCACUGACUUGGAUCAUUUCUUGCACAUGAACAAUGCCAGAUACCUCCGAGAACUUGACUUUGCACGCACAGCUUUCUACGGAGAUAGUGGGUUAAUCUUGUACUUACAAAGUACUGGUGUCAGACUUAUUAUGUCAGCAUGUGUGGUCCGAUAUAGAAAAUCCCUUCAACCAUUCCAGAGGUUCAGGGUAACAACUAAGAUCACUUACUGGGAUGAUGACAGUUUCUACUUCCAGCACAGUUUCCUCAGCCGUUUUAAAACCCACUCUGACUUUGUAUACGCAACUAUACUGACCAAGAUGCACUGUACUGGCCAAACACCGAUUCAGAUUUUAUGUGGGAUGUUAAGCCUUGAUAACCCUCCAGAAAAACCUCAGCUUUCCAAAGAGUUGGAGCUAUUUAUCAACUAUAAUAAAGAAUCUUCACAAAGGCUGAGAAAUGAGACAAAAAAUGAAUAGCUUUUAGUAAAACAUGAAAACUAGAUCAAAAAAAUAAAAUGUUUGCAAAUUUGAGACAAAGAAGAAUGAAUCAAUUUUAGCGAAACACCAAAACAGGAUCAAAAAAGGAAAAUAUUUGCCAAUUUAGAUCAAAAAACACAUGAAUUGUGGUGAUACAUCAAAACUAGAUUAGUUUGGUAUCAAAAAUAAGGAAAAAUGUUUGCAAAUUUGAGUCAAAGAACAAUUUCGUUGUAGCGAAACAUAACAACUGGAUUAUUUUGGUGUAAAAUUGGGAAAUGUCUGUAAAGUUUACAACAGCAAAAUUAAUGGCACUUAAAUAUACUUUUUAACUUUUACAUGCAAUAAAUACAAUUUGUUACUGACGCACAUGCAGUUUACGCACACCUAAUUUAUAUUGAAACUUUACAUUCUUCAGUGUUAUGAAACUGUGCGCAUUCUACCUAUUAAAAUUGUUAAAACU